UUUUGGGGGAUCGGUUGAACGGAUUUCGUGCAGAAGCAGUGUGUUACUCGGAAUUGACUCCUUCCUCUUGAUGGGUUGUGCUUGUGGAGAGUUGCAGGGAAGAGCGAUGUAUUUUUAUUUUUUUCCUCAUAGGAAGUAAUCAUAAAUUAUUAAAGCAAAUCAUGGUGGGGUUGCUUUGAUAAAGUAACUAGAAAAUACCCAUUGCUGCAAUUUGUUUAUCUUUGGCGUGCCGAUUGAAAAGAGAAAGAGGGAGUUUAGAGAGAGAGAGAGAGAGAGUAUAAGUUGAAGUCACAUCAGUGAUCGUCUUUCUCGUCUCGGGUCGUCCGUUUCUGGCAGACCGACGGGAAGAAAGAAGCAAACACAGAGAAUCAAAAGAGAGAGAAUCAAAAGCCAUAGCCAGACAGCCCCUCUUUCUGUCUCUCUUCCUCCCGCUCUGAAUCUCCUUCUCUUCUUUUUUCCUCCUUCUGCACCUGCCUGCCUUGUUCUUCUUUGAGGAUUUGGUGGAUUUCUGUUAACUUUAUGGAAUUCGUUUUCCGUGCUGGUUGUCAGACUCGGGAAUUUGGGUUUGUGCUAGCUUGAUGGUUUCUCCUCGUCUGCUCAUAUGGUCUCUGAGCGCAUGAAGUCAACAAAAGAUGCGGAACAUGGUUGCAGUAGCUCUGACUUCAGUUCUGGUAGCAGAUUGAGCAGUCGACCUUGGUGGAGCUCUGCCCCGUCCUCAUCUCUACAGCCUGCAUGCUCCAAGAACUUGAACUUAAAUACUGACUCCCUGUCCUUCCUUCAAAGUCCUCAGGAGAAAGCAGGAACUAAAGCGUCUUCGAUUCUGUCUUUCUGUCAUUCUCCUGAGGCAGCUGCUACGACCGAAUCUGGUGAUUCUCUAACGCAUAUGAAGGUUAUCCCUUGUCCAAUCAGUAUGGGAAUUUCUUUGGAGAAUUCUGAAGCUUAUCCACCUUCAUGUGGGGAAUAUAUGCAUUCAGUUGUGCAAGUAUCUCAGUCCUGUUCCAAUCCAUACUUUGGCAGUAUGCUGACGCCAUGUACACCUCAAGUUAUGUUUCAUUCGCAAACACUGGCACUUCAACAUGGACGGGUGCUUUUGCCUCUAGAUUUGACGGAAGAACCAGUUUAUGUUAAUGCAAAACAAUAUCGAGCAAUACUUAGGCGCAGACAGUUUCGUGCCAAGUUAGAAGCUGAGAACAAACUAGUGAAGUCCAGAAAGCCUUAUCUUCACGAAUCUCGUCAUCUUCAUGCACUGAAGCGAGCUCGUGGCUGUGGAGGCCGAUUUCUGAACACUAAGAAGAACCCUGAAAUUUCAGAUGCCGCUCCUCCCGAGCCUGGCAGCUCAUCUUCUGAUGUUGUGCAGUCGGAAAAUGGAAAUGCAAGUUGUUUAGAUGGUGCAAGAAAUAGUUCAGAGGUGAGCAGUAAUCUGGAACUGUGCUCUGGAAUGUUCGGCCGGUAUUACAAUUCGGUUGACUAUACACACGGUCUUCAACAGCAUUUCUAGCCUUCAGCCCGUCUUUCCUGGCAAGAUGCUUUUCAUGGACAAAUCCGGUGACUGGUUAACUUACCGGUAAUCGUGGGGACUGUGGCGGUCAAUGUCUUGCCUGAAAAACCGCUUGACUUCGUUUCCAAGAAGUAUGGUGGUUGGCAAAUCAUCCUUGGCUUUUUUUUUUUCUUUCUUCCUUUCUCUGCCACUCGGUUUAUUUAGGUCAACCUCUGUUUUCUGUUUCAAACAUCAAAUGAUGCUGUUAGAAAAAUUAACUGGUAAGCAUCAGUCUUUGUCAAACGACAUAUUUGAGUUCUGAUUUCAUAUGUUCAUAUUUGUUUUGCUUGCUUGCUCUUUAA